UCAAUCCUUUUUCCACAUUUUGGAACAGAUGCCGUCCGAAUUGCAGCUAGUUGACAUUUACAGUUAUCGGCAAACAACAUCUGUGUGUAAGAAAUCUGUUUCACCUGGUGUCGAAUGGCAGACGAGGAUGCACGUGUGCUGGCGGCGGUUGAUGGUGGCGAUGGUGGCGCUGCCGGUGGUGGCGGGCGUGGUGAUCAUCCUGGUGUGCUUCGUGUCGUGCCCGCUGCUGUGGGCCAAGCUGCCCAAGUCGGAGGCGGGCGACUACUUCCGCGUGCCGCUGUACGUAGUGUCGGCGCUGGCGCUCUGGGUGCUGCUCGCCGUCGGGGUGUUCUUCCUCUGGUGGCGCCGCCAGCCCAAGGCGGUCACCGACGAGCCGUCCCCACUCGCCGCUACCGAGGCCUGACGGCCUGCCCAGUAGCCGAAACAAAUGGACUGAUUUGUCAUGUUGUGGUAUAUCAGCGAGAUACACAUCUCUUCCGAAAAGCAGCCUUUACAUUGACGACGCAGAAUUAUUUGGAAUAAUUCUACAUAUUGUGUUGAAACUUUUCCGCUGACACACAUAUGUUUGUGGAUACGUUAGACUCUAGUCGAGAUUCAAUUUAUAAGAAUCUUUUUGUCAAUGGGCAACUUCUCUCGGCGCAAAUAAGCCCAAAAAGAAGAAAGGGAAAGAUCUUUCAAACUCAAACGAUUUACCCUGUUGUCUCAUACCGAAUACUGUAUUCUAAUACCAAAUGAAAUGAAUCCUAAAAGUGACAUUUAUAAUUUUCUAAAAGUGCGGCUCGCCAGAAACCUGGUGCUUCCAUGAUGUAUCAUUAAAAUCUUUGUAUGAUAAUUUUAUAAAAUAUAGACUGAGAUAUUACUGCAUGACAUAGAUGAAUCAAGGACAUAUUUAUGAACUCAUUGCCACUAUGUUCACAGAGGCAAAGAAGAUGGCCAUUGUGUUUUAAAGUGUUGUAUGUGACUAUGGAUCACUGACGUUCAUUUUCUGAUAGUUAGUCAGAUACCUUUAAUAACACUAAAAUAAAUGAAGUAAUUUGUGCUUCAGUAUCUUU